CCCAAGGAGCCGAAAGAAUCGAGUCAAAGAAGUUCCGACUCAACGCUCGGCUUCGAUCUGAGAAUUCCCCGGUCAUCGCCGUCGGCCGCACGUCACCCUCCCUUCGCUCUCCCGCCCCCCAGCGCCUCUCAGCUGCGUAAAGACAAACCACAUGUGGAUAUCUUCUCUCUAUCGUUUCUUCUUCCAUGUAAAUUCCGUAUGGCAGAGCCUCACGCAAUCUCGCCGGAAAACUCCAGCGCGCUCUCCCCCUUCCCCACCACACACCCACCAAAAUCAAAGUCCGAUUGAUUGGUUCAUUGGUCCAGAAACGAACAAAAGUUUCGAUUUUUAGACUAGUCGUUUAGAUUCCGGUUCGCGUUUUAUUCAUUCCAGAAGUUCUGACUUCGUCCGAGCCGCCACUGUUGUUAUUUCCUCGCCAUCUCAACCGUACUGCAGAUUUCUCCUCUUCGAUCUUCUCGCCAGAAAUGGGGUCACCGGAGAACGGCUCCGACGAGCCCCUAACGCCGGCGGGGCGCCUGUUCCUCCAGAAGGAGAUGAACCAGGUGAUCUACUGCGUCGUCGGCCUGAAGCACCCGCUCGACGUCGAUGCCCUCAAGUCGGCGAUCCAGAGCUCCCUCAUGGUCAAGCACCCCAGGUUCUGCAGCCUCAUGGUGCGGGACUCCGCAGGCCGGGAGCACUGGAGGAGGACCCGUGUGGACAUCGACCGCCAUGUCGUCGCGGUCCACGGCCCAGUCGCCGACGGCCUCUCCGACGAGGCGGCGGUCAACGAGUAUCUCGCCGACCUGUCCACCGACUCGCCGGGGCUCCUGGGCGACGACAAGCCCUUGUGGGACGUCCACCUCCUGAUGGCCCACCGGUGCGUGGUGUUCCGGAUCCACCACGCGCUCGGCGACGGAAUCUCGCUGAUGUCGAUGUUCCUGGCGUCGUGCCGGCGGGUGGACGACCCCGAGGCGCUGCCGACGAUCGGUCCUUCGUCGUCGGCUAAGAGGAGGAGCGGCGGGGGCGGGGGCGCGUGGUGGAAGGCGGUAGUGAGGGUGUUGGAGGUGUUGUGGUUCACGGUGGUCUUUGUAGUGGAGUUCGUCCUGAGAAGCAUGUGGGCGAGUGACCGGAAGACGCCGGUCAGUGGCGGCGCAGGGGUGGAACUCUGGCCGAGGAAGCUGGCCACGGCGAGGUUUUGCCUGGAAGACAUGAAAGUGGUCAAGUCAGCAGUCGCUAGUGCGACCAUUAAUGAUGUUCUCUUCGGGAUCAUAUCGGCCGGCUUGUUCAAAUAUUUGGACCACCGAUCUCCCGAUGCUGUGCGGGAAGGGACUCGGAUAACGGGAGUGGCGAUGGUUAAUCUGCGAGAACAGCCGGGAUUGCAGGAGCUAUCCAAUUUGAUGCAAGGCAACCCAGGACUGCGGUGGGGCAACAAGUUUGGGAUUCUCCUCCUCCCCGUUCACUACCAUAGAAGCUGCGGCGACCCUCUCGAACACCUGAGAAAAGCCAAGUCGAUGAUCGACCGGAAGAAGAAGUCCCUGGAGGCUCACUUCUCCUACAAAAUCGGGGAUAUCGUCAUGGCUUCCCUAGGACCACAUGUCGCGAGCCUGCUCAACUACAGGAUCGUCUGCAACACCACGUUCACCAUCUCCAACGUGCUCGGCCCGCAAGAGGAGAUCGCGAUCCUGGGCAACCCCAUCACGUACAUAAGGGCGAACUCCUCGAGUUUACCUCACGCACUCACAAUGCACAUGGUGAGCUAUGCGGGGAGGGCGGACAUGCAGAUUCUGGUGGCCAAGGACAUCAUCCCCGACCCUGAUUUUCUGGCCAAAUGCUUUGAGGAUGCUUUGCUUGAAAUGAAAGCAGCAGCUUCUGCUGCCUUGAACAAAUGAACAGCUAAAACGUUCUUGUAAUGUUAGGAGGGAAGAUGUCUGUAAUGUAUUCUUUAUACAGGUGUGAUUAUACACGGGGAUAAAGAAAAAAAAAAUUUGAUCCCACUUAUAUGAUGUUCUCUUGGGACAAACAUUUUAGGCCAUCGAUUCAAAUUUUAUCUUA